AUGGCCAGCACGUCUCCGAAGAUGAGCGAGAAGAAAAUGGUCCCGGGAGAAUUCUCUUUUCCUCCGAACAACACGCCAGUAGCGCGCGUUUUCGUCUUCGGAAAACCGAUCUACGUCCGUCAGCCCUUCCUGCAGCCGCUACGGGACCAGCCGUCGGUAAAACGCCAAGCCUACGGUGAGCCAGCCCCAUAUUCCCCACCCGCUGACCCCGGCUACGGUGAGGCUCCCCCGGCCCCGAAGUACCCGCUGCCCGGAUGUUACACGAAUGCUGCUGGCUUCAUGUGCUGCAACAAGGAGCUCGAGCAGUUGAUGGACGAGGUCUACGACAACUUGAACAAGGGCGACUGGAAGAGCUGCAACACGCAGCAGAUCGCCAAUGCUUUGCAGAACGCGUGCCAAGAGAAGUUUGGCACCGACUUCGAGGCGAUCACUGGGGUUGGCGAUUUCGCAUCCAAGGCCCACUUCUACUCGGAUUUGAUCUGCAAGACCGAGAAGGGCGGCCGCACGAUGCUCGCCUACGCGACCCCGAAUCGCCACAACGCUCCCCAGGGCUACGAGGAGACGGCCCCGCCAGCCCCCGCCGGCCCCUACCAUACUGUGCGCAUC